AAUGAGGUCAGCAGCCUCUGCCCCUCCCUCUGCCCUCCCUGGAUAAAUAUGAACACAUAAAACCCAUAUAAAGUGCUGCUCACAUGGACACCGCUACAACCCUUCAACAGAGGACAUCAGUCAGCCAUCUACAAUCUAGAGGACAUCAGCCAGCCAUCUACAACCUACAGGACAAUAACCAGCCAUCCGCAAUCUCUCUGUGUGUGUAGCUAUGAGGGGAAUUGUCCUUCUCUUUCUGCUGUCUCUCUGGCCUGGAGGCAACGUGGAUGCUAUCAAUCAAGAGAUCUUGGCUAAUGUGGUACAAGAGAUGAGAAGGUUCGGCCUGGAGAACCGCCAGUAUGCCAUGGCUGUCUUACUCACCCAACAGCAGUGCACCCAAAAUGGAGAAAUCUUUGAUGUAGGCGUGCAACCUCAGGUUGUCCAGAAGAGACUACAGGAUUAUAGUGUCUACAUAGGAGACCGGCUCAUCGCAGCCAUACCUGACACCUACCAUGCUGAGUACCUUCUCUUGGGGCAUGAUAAAACCAACCCCAGCAAAAUGCAGACUCUGUUAACAGCAGCAAAGCCUAAUGACUGCAUCGUCUUCUUCUCCAACUACUCUCCCUGCCUGGAGAGAUGCAACGUCCCUAAUGGAGCAACCAGCAUUCUCCCCUUCAUGACCGUCUUCAACGGCAGGAACGCCAACCAGAUGGCCUUUGUCUUCUCCUCGGUUUGGGACCCCACAAUGCACCAUACAGGAGUGACCAAACCGACAAGGCAGCAGGUGUUUGAGUCCUUCCAGAGAAUAGAAAGUUUCCUCCCUUUAUAUCGUUGUGUCAGAUUCCCGGAAUACAAUAAAUGGGUCAACAGAUGUUACCGUUGUGUCACUAAUCCAGUGACCAAUGACUGUCUGUAUGGAUACUAAUAGUGUACACUGUCUGUAUGGGUACUACUAGUGUACACUGUCUGUAUGGGUACUACUAGUGUACACUGUCUGUAUGGGUACUACUAGUGUACACUGUCUGUAUGGGUACUACUAGUGUACUCUGUCUCAAUGGUGGAAAUAUAGAAAUGUAUAUUUUCUUUCUUUCCCUCUGUCCAUCUCUCUCUCUGUCCAUCUCUCUCUCUGUCCAUCUCUCUCUCUGUCCAUCUCUCUCUGUCCAUCUCUCUCUCUCUGUCCAUCCCCCUCUCUCUGUCCAUCCCCCUCUCUCUACAUCUCUCUCUCUGUCCAUCUCUCUCUCUGUCCAUCCAUCUCUCUCUGUCCAUCCCCCUCUCUCUGUCCAUCCCCCUCUCUCUACAUCUCUCUCUCUGUCCAUCUCUCUCUCUGUCCAUCCAUCUCUCUCUGUCCAUCCAUCUCUCUCUGUCUAUCCCCCUCUCUCUGUCCAUCCCCCUCUCUCUGUCCAUCCCCCUCUCUAUGUCCAUCUCUCUCUCUCUGUCCAUCCCCCUCUCUCUAUCCAUCUCUCUCUGUCCAUCCAUCUCUCUCUGUCCAUCCCCCUCUCUCUGUCCAUCUCUCUCUCUGUCCACCUCUCUCUCUGUCCAUCUCUCUCUGUCCACCCCCAUCUCUCUGUCCAUCCCUCUCUGUCCAUCUCUCUCUCUACACAGUUCAUUAAAGUUCACCAUAGCAUCAACA